AUGCGUGUCCCAUCGAAAAACAAUCAGUUAAACCAGAGUGAGGAGACUGACCUGAAAGACUAUACGCAGGGAUCCCUAGCAAUUGUCUCAGAAAUUGAGCCGAAAGAUGCCAUAAUGCAGUUGCUUAUGCAGGAAACCUACUCAAGGUCUGAGUGCAGUACACUAAUAAAGAUAAUUCAAGAGCGGGUUGUGGAUCCAGAUUCAGGUGGAAUUGCUGAUGGUGAGAUUGCUCUUCUGAUCAGUUGGAAGGCUGACAACCAACCAACCCUUGGAUAUUCUUCAUUUAGUCCAAAUGUGUCCUUGCCUUCAACAUCAAGCUUUCAAAUCCAUGGCCAUGGUUUUGAUAAUAGUGCUGCUGCCGACACAGUUCCAAUAUUAACUCCUGCCAGUCGUAGCCUCUUCAAUGAUAAUAAAGCUGACAAUAUUCAGCCUGCUUUCAAACGAAGGUACUCUGUUGUGCGGGAUAUCCCUGAGGACCUUCGAAGAGUCAGGACAAAGGCUGAUGGAAAUCCGAUACACAUCACAAAAUUUAAGAAAGUUGAUGUUGUUAGAAAUUGUCCAGGAGAAGGCAAUAAACUGUUAUCAGAUGUUCCCCUUCUUGGGGCAAACAACUUAGCACAUUCUAACAUUGUCUCGAAAGUUGAAAGAGGUAAUGAAAAAUUGGAUGUCCCUGGCAAACCUCCGGCAGUGCCAAAUAAGGAUCUGAAGAACGGCUUUCCUUUGAAGUUGGAACCUUUGGAUGGUCUUAUUCCCUUUGAGCAGAAGAUGAUGGACUUGUCACACCAAAAGCAUAAGGAUGCUGCAAAAGAUGACUCAGGUUCUGUUUCAAAAUUAAUGUUCAUGGGGGAUAUUGAGGCCACACCUAGGUUGCUAGGGAAGCAAGCUAAUAUGAUUGUCCAUUUCAGCUUGCAGCUACAAAACGGCUCCAAGAGCCGCAGAAGAAAGCAAUCCAACUCUCCGAGGACAACUCCGAGGGCCGCAGAUUCGCCCGCCAUGGGCACACGCCGCAGACUCGGCGACGCCACGGUCAAGGCAGAGGUCAACCUGGUAGAGCAAACGACGCCGAUAACGAUGGACAAGCAAGAUCCAGACUAUGUCCCAGAGAGGAGGCCUGCUGGGAGGCUGAAGAAGGCGAACUGUUUUCUGACACGGUCUCAUGCUCAUGUGUUUGGCAAGGCCGGGAACUACACGGAGGCUCUGCGAGUGAUCAAGGAGAUGGAGGACGCUGGCUGCAAGCCUGACGCCGUCACAUACAAUGAGCUCGCUGGGUCGUAUGCCAGGGCUGGGUUCUACCAGGAGGCCGCCAAAUGCCUCGACACCAUGAUCGACAAGGGGCUACUGCCCAACACGUUCACCUACAACACCAUAAUGACGGCGUAUGGGAAUGCUGGGAAGGUGGACGAGGCGCUGGCCCUGUUCGACCGGAUGAAGAAGAAUGGGUUUGUCCCAUACACAAACACAUACAAUCUUGUCCUCGGCAUGCUGGGGAAGAAAUCAAGGUUCGCGGCGAUGCUAGAGACGCUCGGGGAGAUGUCGAGGAGCGGAUGCACGCCGAACCGGGUGACAUGGAACACGCUGCUGGCGGUCUGCGGGAAGCGAGGCAUGGAGAGCUAUGUCACUCGGGUGCUUGAGGGGAUGAAGUCCUGCAGGGUUGAGCUGUGCCGAGACACCUACAACACAUUGAUAUGUGCUUAUGGCCGGUGUGGUUCGAGGGCCAACGCGUUCAAGAUGUAUGAUGAAAUGACCGCUGCCGGAUUCGCCCCUUGCCUCACCACAUACAAUGCGUUGCUGAACGUGCUGUCUCGCCAAGGGGAUUGGACCGCUGCGCGUUCCAUCGUAAGCAAGAUGAAGAGCGAGGGUUUCAAGCCCAACGACAUGUCAUACUCGUUGCUGCUCCAGUGCCACGCAAAGGGGGGCAAUGCCGCGGGGAUCGAGGCCAUCGAGAAGGAAGUCUACCAAGGUACCAUCUUCCCGAGCUGGGUCAUUCUGAGAACCCUCGUGAUCGCCAACUUCAAGUGCCGGCGGCUGGAGGGGAUCGAGAGGGCGUUCCAGGAGGUGAAGACCCGGGGUCACAAACCGGACCUCGUCAUCCUCAACUCCAUGCUGUCAAUAUAUGCGAAGAAUGGGAUGUACAGCAAGGCAAUGGAGAUGUUCGAGUCGAUCGAGCAGUCCGGUCUGAGCCCGGACCUGAUCACCUACAACAGCCUGAUGGACAUGUACGCCAAGAGCAACGAGCCCUGGGAGGCGGAGAAGAUCCUGAAGCGGCUCAGGACCUCCCAGUCCCAGCAGCAGCAGCAGCUGAAACCCGACGUGGUGUCGUACAACACGGUCAUCAACGGGUUCUGCAAGGAGGGGCUGAUCAAGGAGGCCCAGAGGGUGCUGUCGGAGAUGAUCGCCGACGGCGUGGCCCCCUGCGUGAUCACCUACCACACGCUGGUCGGAGGGUACGCGAGCCGGGAGAUGUUCGCGGAGGCGAGGGAGGUGGUCGGGUACAUGAUCCAGCGCAAGCUGAGGCCCAUGGAGCUGACCUACAAGCGGGUGGUGGACAGCUACUGCAGGGCCAAGCGGUAUGAGGAGGCCCGCGACUUCCUCGCCGUGGUCGCGGAGACCGACCCGAAAUCCGACCAGAAGCUGCUGGGCGCGCUCGCGGCCCGCGUGGAGAGCGCCCAGUUCGGGAGAUGA